GGGCCUGGCGCGGGUGACGUCAGCGGCUGUGUGGAGGAGUAUAGGCUGUGCUGUCAGCCCAGUGUCAGUCUGAUGAAGAUUGGCAUGCAGGUUUUGUGUGGAGAGUUGGAUACCGGCCAACGGCAGAAACAACAACACUGAGUGCUGCUGCGUUGCUGUGGGCAAACUAACUUCUCAAUGUGAAGCUAUCCCAUGAUGCAACAUGCGUCCCCAGCACCUGCAGUGACAAUGAUGGCCACCCAGAGUGUUCCUCCACCAUCGUACCAGGAGAGCCAACAGAUGACGGGCACCACUCAGCAGAACGCCAAGACCCCACAGGUCCAUAUCCCAGCAGCCACUGCAGCAGGAAAUACCUCCGUCAGUGCGACCCUCGACCCACAGGCCCAGCUUGAGUCUGACAAGAGGGCUGUUUACAGUCAUUUUCAAAGACAUCCACUGUUCCCCCUGCUGGCGUUGUUGUUUGAGAAAUGUGAGCAGGCCACACAGGGAUCUGAAUGCAUCACGUCUGCCAGCUUUGAUGUGGACAUAGAAAACUUUGUGCACCAGCAGGAGCGAGAACACAAGCCCUUCUUCAGCGAAGAUCCAGAGCUCGACAACUUGAUGGUAAAGGCCAUUCAGGUGUUGAGGAUCCACCUCUUGGAACUAGAGAAGGUCAAUGAGCUCUGUAAGGAUUUCUGCAACCGUUACAUCACCUGCCUGAAGACCAAGAUGCACAGUGACAACCUCCUCCGUAAUGACUUGGGAGGACCCUAUUCCCCAACACACACCAGUCUCAGCAUGCAGCAGGAACUAAUUCAGACCUCCUCUCCAUCCAUGACCUCUGUCUCCAGCUCUGUUAACCCUUCAGGGAUUGUGGUGCCCACCGGGGGUCUGCAACAGGGCAAUGUCGCCAUGACUACCAUAAACUCUCAACUGGUUUCAGGUGGGACCCUGUACCAGCCGGUUGCCAUGGUGACAUCACAAGGGCAAGUGUUAACGCAGGCACUGCCACCAGGAACCAUCCAGAUCCAGAACUCACAGCUAAACGUGGACCUGUCGUCCCUGUUGGACAGCGAAGACAAGAAGUCCAAGAAUAAGAGGGGGGUCCUGCCCAAACACGCCACCAAUAUCAUGCGGUCCUGGCUCUUUCAGCAUCUCAUGCACCCAUACCCGACAGAAGAUGAGAAAAGGCAGAUUGCUGCACAAACAAAUCUAACCCUUCUGCAAGUGAACAACUGGUUCAUCAACGCUCGUCGUCGCAUCCUCCAGCCCAUGCUGGACGCCAGUAACCCAGACCCUUCUCCUAAAGCGAAGAAGAUGAAGUCCCAGCACCGUCCCACACAGCGCUUCUGGCCUGACUCCAUUGUGGCUGGAGUUCUGCAGACGCACAGAUCUCAAUCAGGAAACAACUCAGACAACCCGCUGAGUCUGGACAGCCUCCAGUCCCUGUCCUCAGACUCAGCCACCCUGGCCAUGCAGCAAGCCAUGCUGGGAGCUGACGACUCCAUGGACGGCACCGAAGAGGAUGAAGAGGAGGAGGAGGAAGAGGAGGAGGAGGAGGAGGAAGGAAUGGAGGAGGAAGAAGAGGAGGAGGAUGGGGAGGAAGAAAACGAUAGGGGGAGGCCAAUGUCCGGCGGAGGACGGGCGAGGAGAGAUCUGAGCAUGGAGCACAGAGAGGAACUGGAGUAGAGGAUCAGGGACAGAGACACUGUGAAUUUUGGUCACAGUUGUCUACUUAACACAGUCUCAUUCAAACUCAAACUAGGACGACUCUAAUGCUUAGUGACACGAGAGGAUUUAAGGGCGUUACAUGUUUUCUCCUCUUUCAUCAGAGACUCUUGUGCAGAGCCUAAUCAGACACAGUGACCAUGAUCAUGAGUAUAGAGAAUGAAUAUUAGUUCAAUGAUUAAUAUGUGUUGUUUCAUUUUAGGACCAUAUGCUCUUAUGCAGUGACGCCAGAAGGUUUGGAUAGUUGCACAUUUUUUACUCGACAGCUCCCGUUAUUUAUGGAAGGAAAUGACAGAGAGACUGUCAUUUUGAAAUUGAAGAUACUUUUCCCUGUUUUACUGCCCCGGUAAUAACAAAAAUAACACAUGCAUCAAUAGACAAAUCUUCAUUUGCUGUGUGUUUAAACUAUUACUUAACUGAAUGGCAAAAAUAUUUUAGCACCAUGGCACAAAAAGGGCUGCAGCUUUUUUAAGGAAACUGUUUAUGACUGAAAGUAUAACAUUUUCAUCUGACAGUCCACAACUGAACUUUGCAGUUCAUGUGUCAUUUCCCUUCCUAAAAUAAAAGUGAGGCAGAAGAGGACACUAAAAAAGACGAUGUAAUGCAGGAGUGCAAAAUAUCCACAGAAAUGACUGUGUAUGGGACAUCAAUAGAACAUUCACGCCUUUUAAGUGACUCAGGUUGAACAACACUCAUCCAACAAAUUUUUCCUCCCUCAUGAGGAAACACUUGACUCAUCGCCCCAGCAAAUCUUUUUCGGGCAGGACUUUUGGAACAAUCUUUAUUUUUGUCUUCUAACAUGAGCAAAAAAAAAAGAAACCUGUAGUAAACCAGUGUAUUCUGACUGCACAUGUAGUAUGUAUAUUGGAUUUUUCAUAUGUUUGCAUUCUGCUGUUGAAGGUUUGCAUAUUUAUUCUGUUUUUUUCCUGCGUGGCCUCGGAGGGAAGCUAAAGGAACAACUCGACAACGACAGUUUCUUCUGCGCACAUUGUAGGUUAUUGCAAACUUUAAAAAAAAAAAUGUAGUGGCCGCACACGACUUCAACCAUCAACUGUCAGAUUUGCUUGUGUACGUUUUGUGACCCCGGGCGAUUCCGUCACAAAAUAAGAGCAUGACAAGCCCUGCAAGUCACCACAAGACUGCAUCUGCCGCAUCUCAUCAUCAGGAGGAAUCACGCUAAGAUGGCCAAUGACUUUGGAAUCAGACAGCGCCAGCGUCGUUUACUGACUUUUUCACAGAAGAAGACGAGAAAGAGAAAUUAAAAAGAAAAAAAACAAACAACUCAGUUGUGACAUCUCUUUCAAUUUUAUGUGAAGGAUUUUGAAGAAACUGUGAACCAAUUUCAGCUCUUUGUUUUGUACUAAAACAGAAAAAUGGAGUCACUCGUUUCUAAUGUGAAGAUGUCUAGAGAAACAAAAACAUGUUAUAUUGAAUGUUCUGAUUGUUCAUUGUGAAGUAUGUUGCUCAUUGAUGUUCCUUUCUCGGUUGCUUUUUUUAAAAUGGAUCUUCCAGAACAAGUGACAGACAAUAGGAAAUAUUUCUAUUUCAUUUGUAAACUUUGUUGUCAUAAUCUAUUGUGUUUCAAUAGACCAAUUUUAAUAAUUAAACAUGUAAAGGUACUGAUUUUGACUUCUGAACAUUCUACAUAUGUUACGUCUCACAAACAGCAAAUACGCAGUUUGAU